UGACAGCGUAGUAUCGUGAUGGCUAGCGAAGAGAAGGAUUCGGUUGAGGCCGCGUUCCUGAAGGAUGAAAAAGCUGAACAAAAUGUUUCAGAGCUGGAACAUUCAGAUACUUCCUGUGGGUUCUCUAUUUUCAAGGGACCCACACUGCAGAGAUAUGCCAAAACCCACACGUUUGUCAUUGUCUACGGAAUAGCUAGCUGUUUUAUGGCCAUGGCCUUUACUUACUAUACUGGAACCAUUACGACGCUGGAGAAACGAUUCAAUAUACCUACCAAAAUAUCUGGUUUCAUAACCGUCGGUAACGAUAUUAGCACGGUUUUCACCUCGGCCAUUUUGAGCUACUACGCCAGUCGAGGACACCGACCAAGAUGGGUGGCUCUGGGUCUUAUCAUUAUGGCCCUGUUUUGUGUUCUCAUGCUCUUGCCCCACGUAUUCUAUGGUCCCGGUGAGGAGGCUUUAAAAUGGACCAAGGAAUAUGGAGGCCAAGAGAGCCUUCUAAACCACACCACCAAGGAUGAGAAUUUGUGCUACGAAAAGGACUUCGACUGUGUACAGGACACUAGUGAUUAUAUGCCCAUCGUGAUGUUCUUUGUGGCGCAGUUUAUCGGAGGCAUUGGAUGCUCUCUCUACUAUGCCCCAGGAUUGGCCUACAUGGAUGAUAAUUCGGACAGGGCCAAGACUCCUGCCAUGUUAAGUUGGAGUGCUUUUAUACGAAUGCUGGGUCCUGCCAUGGGCUUCUCCGUGGUCUCCCUCUGCCUUCGCAUCUACAUAGAUCCCUUCAAGACACCUCUUAUCACUACCAAGGAUCCUCGCUGGAUGGGCGCCUGGUGGCUGGGCUGGAUCUUCCUUACAAUAAUACUGUUGAUAUCGGCAUUCUUUGUGGGUAUGUUUCCCAAGGAGAUGCCCAAGGCUAGAGUGAAGAGACUGAAGGCAGAAGGAGACGACAUAACACCGCUGGCUGAGCGCUCCUGGAGCGACAUGAUGCAGUCCCUCAAACGCCUGGCGGCCAACAAAGUUUAUGUUUACAACUCCCUGUCGUCGAUACUCUACAUUUUCGGCUACAUGCCCUACUGGAUAUUCACGCCGAAGUACAUGGAGAUUCAGUACAGGCAGUCGGCUUCCCUGGCGAACAUGGCGACAGGAACUUGGGCUCUGGGAUUCUCUGCCGCUGGCGUUCUUAUCUCCGGAUACGUCAUAACCAAGUACAAGCCGAGUGCACGCGCCAUGGCUGCCUGGAAUUUUGUGGUCGACUAUCUGACAGUGGCUGGGAUUAUCCUCUAUGUCCUUAUUGGCUGCGAAGAAGGCGACAGGGCCAAUUCGCUGUCCAUUCUCCCGCUCACGGAUGACUGCAGCGCAUCCUGUGACUGCGAAUACGUCCACUAUGCUCCAGUCUGUAGUCCGGACAAUAUUACCUUCAUCUCCCCCUGCCAUGCGGGCUGCACCGAUAGGGGAGUGGAUGAGCAGGGAAGGAUCAUCUUCACCGGCUGCCAGUGCAUGGGCAACUCUUUGGGUCUCUCUGCCACGAUGAAUGCAACAGCUCCGUCGCUCAUAGCCUUGGAUGAAGCUUGUCCGGUGGAUUGCUUCAACCAGUUCCUCAUCUUCCUGGCGGUCAUGUGCUUCCUUAAGUUCGUCGGAGCUACGGCUCGGUCCAGUAAUCUUCUCCUGGGUCUUCGCUGCGUCCCCAGAGAGGACAAAACCUUUUCCAUGGGCUUCAACGGUAUGGUGUUAUCCAUUCUAGCCUUUAUUCCCAGUCCUAUUGUUUUUGGCUGGAUGUGGGAUAGCUAUUGCCUGGUUUGGGGAAAGACUUGUGGCUCCAAAGGUAACUGUUGGAUCUACGAUACCAAAUCUCUUAGAUAUUCCAUGAACGUGGCGUGUGCCUCCCUCAUCUUCGUGGGCAGCUUUUUGAACAUCGGGGUGUGGUAUUAUGCCAAAGAUAUGCAAGUGUUUGAUGACGAUGAGAAAAAACCGGAGAAUAAACAAAAUGAGGUGAUGGAACUGAAGGAGCACAACAUUGAUAAUGAUAAGAAAUUAGAAUCCGGACAAUAAAGGUUUAUUGCCAGCAUUUUUGGCAGCUAAA